CAUCAUCUUUUUCUCAACCAUCCUCAUCAUCAUCUCAACCUCAUCAUCCUUUCAAUCAAGAACCACCGACCAAUUGACUCCAUUCACCUCUGUUUCUCGCCUCAAGUGGAGGGAUGUAAUGUUUCAAUCAGCUAAUUCAGUUGACCAAGAAAACUUUACGUUUUAAAACUUGUCUUUACAAUUAGACAAAUAGAAAGAAGAUUUUUCUUUAGUAAUUUUCUCUUACUUUUCUCUGUCUUUUUCUCUUUCUAUUUAUUUAAAAUUUAUCAUCUUUAUCUUCUUUCUUACCUUUAUCCCAACAGUUUCAAAUCUUUACAACGGUCGAGAAAAGGGUACUAAUAAUAAUAUUAUUAGUCUUUUCUUUGGGUCUUUCUCUUUGUCUCUUUCUUUCUUAUCCUCUCUCUUUCUCUUUACCUCUUCUCAUCCUUUGGUACUUAACCAAAAACCCUUAACCAUUGAAAACCAUUAACAAUUUGGAUCUCAAUUGAGAUAGUUAAUCAAUUUAAUUUUGUUCAACAAAUAAGUUUCAAUCAAUCUGGUUCAUGUAAUUCAGUUAAUCAUUUGUUUUAGUUGUAUUACUAAUAAUUUGUGUCUAAUUAAUAAUAUUAAUAAUAAUAAAAGUCUUAAUUUCUUUUGGGUGACAAAAUUUACUGGUGAAAACCUUACAAGUCGACAGGAUAAAUUUCCUCGUCUUUACCCUCACUCACUUCUGCUACUUAAUUAUCUUCAUCAAUUUGUGUUAUAUUACAGUUCAAUCGUCUUGUUUUCUUAUUAUUUUCAUCACAAUCAACUCAACUAAUCAAAAUGUUCAACGAUGGUGAUAAUUUUCAACCUUCAUCAGUUAAUAUUAAUAAUAAUAGUGAUGUUGUUCCUCCUCCACGACCACCACCUCCACCUGAACAUCAACAACAAUCAAAUCACUUCCGCCCAAGACUACAUAUUUUUAAUGGACAUGAUAAGUCGGUAACUAUUGAAAAUUGGUUGAAAUUAUAUGAAUCAACUGCUAAUCGUUAUAAUUGGUCAUAUGAUGAAAAAAUUGAUCUUCUUGCUGAGUAUUUAGACAAAGAUGCUUUAAAUACUUACAUUUCUGCUCGUGAUUCUGGUGAUUGGAUCACAAUUAAAAAUAAACUAAUUACUCGUUUUGGUGUCAGGUCAAUUAGACCAAGUGUUGAAUUUUGUCGAUUAAAAUUCAAUCAUGUCAAAAAUGUUGACGAGUAUUUCGAGAGUAAGAAACGACUAGCUGGUCUAGCGGGUUUCACUGAAACUCAAGCAGUUGAAUUAAUGAUUGAUCAUCUCUCAGAUGAAUUGAAUCGAUGUUUUUUAGGUCAUCAAGUUAAUACUUAUUGUGAGUUUUAUACAAUUGCCAAAACAGCCGAACAACAAUUACCUCGAAAUGACAAUCACAAUAAUAAUAAUAAUCAAAAUAAAAAUCAAACAACCGAAAGGAGCUUGUUAUCGUUGCAUUGCUAA